CCCUGUACGGAAGGACUCAAAAGAUUUCAAUUUCUGACCGCUGUUUUUUAGCGGUUCAGUGGAGACCACCUCCCAUUAUCAUUACCCAUCCCCAAUCCGCCAAUAAAAGCAUGCCAUCUCUGCUCUUUUGCAGAAGGUCUCCCCCGAUCCAUGCAGACUUCUGCAAGAGUAAAGUUCUAGUCAUGGCUGCUGCUCCUGCUCUCCCCAUUGUUCAUAUUCCAUUAUCUCUGGGAACCCAAUCUUUCCGCAGAAAUUCCCUUCUCAAAUCAUCCAGACUGACUGGUUCUUCUUCAUUUGGUACAAUUAAGUGCGCCUCUUCGAACGGGAGAGACACCGACUUAGAUGACAAUGGGGUCAAGAGCUCGGAACAGCAAGUGGAAGACAAACGCCGUGCGGAUUUGUAUGAUCGUAUUGCUUCUGGAGAAUUCACAGUACAGCAAUCUAAUUUUCCAUCUCGUUUGAGGAAUGGCUUGUCAAAUAUGGGUGUUCCCAGUGAAAUUCUUCAAUUCUUAUUCAAGUGGAUUGGUGAUGGUGAAGACUAUCCAAAAAUUCCAGAAGCAAAAGGUUCAGCUAGUGCCAUCCAAAGUGAGGCCUUCUUCAUUCCCUUGUAUGAGCUUUACCUCAGAUAUGGUGGAAUUUUCCGGUUGUCUUUUGGGCCCAAGUCAGUUUUGAUUGUUUCUGAUCCUUCCAUUGCUAAGCAUAUAUUACGUGACAAUUCAAGGGCUUAUUCAAAGGGCAUAUUAGCAGAAAUCUUGGAAUUUGUCAUGGGAAAGGGACUUAUUCCAGCUGAUGGUGAGAUAUGGCGUGUUAGACGACGUGCUAUAGUUCCAGCACUGCAUCAAAAGUACGUAGCUGCUAUGAUCGGUCUAUUUGGUCAAGCUACAGAUAGGCUCUGCCAGAAGCUGGAUGCUGCUGCAACUGAUGGUGAAGAUGUUGAGAUGGAAUCACUUUUCUCCCGUUUGACAUUGGAUAUUAUUGGCAAGGCAGUAUUUAAUUAUGACUUUGAUUCAUUAACAAAUGAUACCGGGAUAGUUGAGGCUGUUUAUACUGUUUUGAGAGAAGCUGAAGAUCGAAGUAUUGCCCCAAUUCCAUUCUGGGAAAUCCCUAUUUGGAAAGACAUUUCACCACGGCAAAGAAAGGUCACAAAAGCCCUCAAAUUGAUCAAUGAUUCUCUGGAUGAUUUGAUCACAAUAUGCAAGUACACUGCUACAAACACCAUGGGCCAUGCCCCACUUGCUGUUCAUGCAUAAAAAUUUCACUGUAAUAUAUACCAGCAGGUAUAUCGUCCUGAAGUUUAGCUUGGGGCAUUCAGAUAUCAUCUCAAAAUGGUUGGUUUUGGCACUUUAUUAGAGAAGCAUAUGAUUGGCUGUUCUUCUAAAUCCAUCUGAGGAAGAUUUUUAUCUCCAUUAGUGAACAUAAGGCAAAAUAAAUAGAUGGGAGCAAC